AUGCUUUACGAAGCAAAUCUCAAUGUAGAGCAGCUCGUAUCACAAAGGAUUUCAGUAGUUAUUUUAACCAAGGAUGGACAAAGAAAUACUCAAGCCUUGAAGAGCCAUUUUCCACAAGCAAGGAUAUCUCUUGGAAACAAUGUUUCGACGGAAGGCUCGCUGGAAGACAUUUACAAGGAAAAAUACAUACAAGAAUUGGAAUAUUUCAUGAAGCAUAGCAAGACCAUGUUGGUUAUGCUACUGGAAGAUGAUGUUAUACCUGUGUACACCAACAAGACUUUAUGGUAUCACUUAGCAAUCAAUACAGUGCCGCUCUUUUCAAAUGAUCUCGCCAACUUCGAUUGCUCAAAAAGAGGAUUGUUUCUGACAACGACAUCAGAUGGCAACAAGUCGCUAUGUAGAAUGUUCUCCAAGGAAAACCUAGCUGAGCAGAUAAAGUGCCUUAGAUCCAUUCCUGAUCCUAUCGAUAUCACUAUUCAUUAUUGCCAGGAGCAAUUGAAUAUUACUCAAAAGCGAUUCCUAGCAUUUGUUCAUAGCGGCAUGCCUUCCGUUAUUCAGCAUCAGGAUGUAAUCAUCUACUAG